CUGCCUACCUUCUCAACCACAUCCCCCUCCUCCCACCCCAGCACUCGACAGGAGCAGAAAGGGGCUCUUCCUAUACUCUUUUCUUGAUUCCGGUCUGAACCGAUCAGCCCAAUUCCUGCCAGACUUUCCCUCCCGCGAAAAAACCCCUCCCUAGCAACCUGCCCCGCUCCCCCAGCAACACAACCCACCAUGUCGCGCCAUCGCGUUAAAGCAGUGAGCUACGACGAAGAUGACUAUGAUGAUGGCUACGACUCCCCGGAUCCCGAGGAGCAGGAGUUCCUCCAGCAGUGUACCGCCGAGGUCCUGAGCCAGCUGAGUGCGGGGGACCCUCCGGUCACUGCUACUCGGGAAGAAGUCCAGGAGGCACUGUGGCAUUAUUAUAACGACGUGGAGAAAUCCGUAAAUUACCUGAGAGGCAAAAAGGCGAAAGAAGUGAAGAAGCCGAGUGCUCCGGCUCCGGCUGUGAAGGCAAAGCCAAGCGCAGGCCCCAGCCCCGAUGAUGUUGUGUUGAAUGCUCAGAGUUCUGCUAAAGGCUUCAAGUCGAAACAGGCUUCUUCCAAGGCGGCGGGCAAGAAGGCCCAGGCUGACUUGGCGGGUGGCAUGAACAACCUUAGCGUCGAGGAGAAGGUGAAUGUGAGGAGCAAGAACCUGGAUGUGCUGUCUGAAUAUAGUAAAUCGCAACGGAAGAAGGCCAUGAACUUUGCGGUCAUUGGCCAUGUCGAUGCUGGAAAGAGCACGUUGAUGGGACGUCUGCUGGCGGACCUUAAAGCUGUCGACCAGCGCACUCUGGACAAGUACCGGAGUGAGGCGCACCAGAUGGGAAAGGAGUCGUUUGCUCUAGCCUGGGUGUUGGACCAGGGGGCUGAGGAGAGAGCGCGUGGUGUUACCAUUGACAUCGCAACGAACAAGUUCGAGACGGAGUCGACCGUGUUUACCAUUGUCGACUCUCCCGGCCAUCGGGAUUUCGUGCCGAACAUGAUUGCAGGAGCCAGCCAGGCUGACUUUGCGGUCCUGGUUAUCGAUUCCGGGACGGGCAAUUUCGAGUCGGGGCUCAAGGGGCAGACGAAGGAGCAUGCUCUACUCGCGCGGAGCAUGGGUAUUCAGCGCAUCAUCGUUGCGGUGAACAAGAUGGACUCGGUGGAAUGGGACCAGGAGCGUUUUGAGGAGAUCGAACAACAGGUGUCCUCUUUCCUUACCACGGCCGGGUUCCAGGCCAAGAACAUCGCCUUUGUCCCCUGUUCCGGCAUCAGUGGAGAUAACGUCACCCGCCGCAGCGAAGACCCCAAGGUCUCCUGGUAUCAAGGCCAGACGCUGGUCGGGGAGCUGGAAGCGACGGAGCCUUACUCUCAUGCGGUUGACAAGCCCCUACGGAUGACGAUCGGCGAUGUCUUCCGGGGCAGCGUCCAGAACCCUCUCUCAAUUUCCGGCCGCCUCGACGCCGGUAGUCUGCAGGUGGGCGACCAAAUCCUGACGAUGCCCAGCGGGGAAAAGGCCACGAUUCGCAGCCUGGAAGUGGACGGGGAACCCAACGACUGGGCGGUGGCGGGCCAGAACGUCACGCUGAACCUGGUCAACAUCGAUCCCAUCCACCUCCGCUCCGGCGACGUGAUCUGCCGGGCCUCCGCACCUAUCGCCAAUGUCACCUCGUUUACGUGCAAGGUGCUGGCGUUCGACCACCUGCUGCCCAGCAUGGUCGAUAUCCACCGAGGCCGGCUGCAUGUGCCUGGGCGGAUCAGCCAGCUGAUUGCCACCUUGGACAAGGGGUCUGGCUCGAUCAUCAAGAAGAAGCCCAAGAUUGUUGGGCCGGGGACGGUGGCGCGGAUUGUGGUUGAGAUGGACCAGGCGGUGCCGCUGGAAGCCCCCACGCGCAUUGUGCUACGAGCUGGGGGGGACACGGUGGCCGCUGGGUUGCUGGAGUAAUAGAGCGAGACUAGAGGUGUAUGUACAUGUCGAGACGCUACUACGCAUAAGUAUAGACUACCUAGAUGAAGUACUAGUACUAUGAUUUUGAUGUGAC